AAUCACCCCGAUUACUUCCUUUCUCCAUCAUCUCAGUGGUCUAGAUGAUGGAGCUGAGUUCCUUCUUCCCCACCUUCUGCUCCCCUGAUCUCUUACUUUUCAUAGCACCGCUCUGGAUCGCUGUCGUUGUCGGAGUUUUAGUGGGUUGGGUAUGGAGACCAAGUUGGGCUAGAGAUGAUAAACUCUUCACUUUCUUCAACAACAACCUUCCCCGUCCCGCCGCCACUACUACUACUACCACCACCGUACCUUCAUUUGAAUCUCGCCAGGUGUAUAAAGAGAAAUCUGGGUUUGUGACGGGCGAUGAUUUUAGGCAUCUAUGGAACUUGGUCGAGGUCAAAGACGGUGGUCCUGCCUGGAUUCAGAUGAUGGACCGGUCUACUACAACCUUCUCUUACCAAGCUUGGAGAAGAGAUCCUCACGAUGGGCCGCCUCAGUACCGUAGCAGAACUGUGUUCGAAGACGCCACUCCUGAGAUGGUGAGGGAUUUCUUCUGGGAUGAUGACUUCCGUUCCAACUGGGAUGAUAUGCUCUUGUUUUCUUCGACGCUCGAGGCUUGUAAGGAUACUGGGACUAUGGUUGUCCAAUGGGUCCGCAAGUUCCCUUUCUUUUGUAGCGACAGGGAGUAUAUCAUAGGCCGGAGAAUAUGGGACGCUGGCCGAGUCUUUUACUGCGUUACUAAGGGAGUACAAUACCCGGCGGUACCACGACAAAGCAAGCCACGGCGUGUUGACUUAUACUAUUCAAGCUGGUGCAUCCGUGCAGUUGAAUCGAAAAGAGGGGAUGGUGAGAUGACAUCUUGCGAGGUUCUACUAUUUCAUCACGAAGAUAUGGGGAUACCGUGGGAGAUAGCAAAGCUCGGGGUGAGACAAGGGAUGUGGGGUGCGGUGAAGAAAAUAGAGCCUGGCUUACGUGCGUAUCAGAGGGCUAAAGCAGCAGGAGCAGGUUUGUCACCAAGUGCCAUCAUGGCUCAGAUCAACACUAAAGUGAGUGUGGAGGAGUUUAUGAACGAGAGGGAUUCGACAGGAGAGGUUGCAGGAGAUGAGAAGCCGUCGUCUGGGAAAAACAUACCGAAGAUGCUGGUGGUGGGAGGGGCGAUUGCGCUUGCGUGUACAUUGGACAAAGGGCUGUUGACAAAGGCGGUGAUAUUCGGAGUAGCGAGAAGGUUUGCAAGAAUGGGAAAGAGGAUGUAGGAGAAUGAAUGUGUACAUGUAAAGUGGUAAGGGAGCGAAUGAUGGAAGAUGUGAGGCAAUUCAAAUAGAGAGAAAGAAAGGCUGUUUCAUUUGUCUUGGUGAAUGUAUCAAUGAUGUAAAAGCAAAGAGAAAAAGAAAGAGAGAAAGGGUUAAUUCUUUGUGUUGGAUUUGUGAUAAUAAACAUAUCAAACCUUUUUUAUAUUGUCUGAAUUGCUGAUGAA